CUUUCUUCCCCAGUCCCACCUUCCCCUGUCUCUCUCUGAACUUGAGCUCUCUGAUCUCCCAUGGAUUAUUCCUCAAUAAUUCCCAAAAGUUGUGUACUUCAGUGAUCCCUAAUCGACCAAUUUUGUUCGUCUUUGUACACCUAUACUGAUACUAAUCACAAAAUGCCUGAGAGAAAUGGAGCUCCAAAUCCGAAUUCAAAUCCGAGCAAGCCAGAAAGGCCGCCGUUGCUGAAGAAAUCAAGGACGAUUUCUGAACACACCAGAGCUGCUCACUUCCCCGGUCCGCUCUUCCCGGCCGUCCGCCGUGUCUCCUCCUCGCCGCCGUCGCCCGUCGCUUCCACCUCCGCAUCUGAUUUUUCCUCUUCCGCCUCCUCCGCUACUUCCCCCGCUUCUUCGGAUCAAAGCUUCGGCUUCGGUGAUCGUGACUACGUCUACCCCUCUUUUCUCGGCCCCUACACUGCUCGAAGCAGAGUCACUGUCACGUCCGCUUCGAAAUCACAGCGGCAUGAGCAGAAACCGCCGAAAUUUCCGGCUCGGAGCACCUCUAUGCCGUCGAAUACGAGCGGCCGAGCCGCCGCCGCCGCUGCUGAUGUGGAAAUCGAUUAUCCAGCUGGUUCUCCCAAGGUUAAGCUGGAGCCUAAGCCGAGGCUCAAGGCCGAGAAAGAACUGAAUCCAUUUCAAAUUCAAGUCCCUACUUCUAGUGUUUCACCAACAGCUAGCUCAGCUAAAUCUAUUAGUAUCCGAAAAAAUCUAGCCCUAAUUAGUUCUUGGAUUCUUGUUUUGCUAAAAUUCAUGUGUAUAGUGUUUGUAUCUCACACAGUUUAUUUGUGGAGUAUGGUUGCUAAACUUCAGGAGGAGAAUGCCAGCCUUCGCAAAUUAUGUAAACAUACUGAUACCUUUAACAAUGACAGCAUAGACGGUUUGGAGCUUCAAAAUGAUACUUCUUUAUUAUACUUUGGAGGUGCUGACAGUAGAACACUUGCUCUGUAUACUGUACUUUUUACCCUUAUUACACCCUUUAUGUUGUACAAGUAUCUUGGCUAUUUUUCAAGAAUAAUGAAUCUCUCGAGGCGAACAAAAGUUAACAAGGAGGGAGUUCCAUUGAAGAAAAGGAUUGCUUAUACGGUUGAUGUUUGUUUCUCAAUUUACCCUUAUGCAAAGCUGUUGGCACUUCUCUUUGCCACUCUCUUUCUAAUUGGGUAUGGAGGCUUGGCAUUGUAUGCUGUCAGUGAUAAGAACUUUACCGAGUCUCUUUGGCUCUCUUGGACCUUUGUAGCAGACUCAGGAAAUCAUGCUGACAUGGCUGGUAUUGGGCCAAGGAUUGUUUCGGUUCUCAUAAGUUCAGGGGGCAUGCUUAUAUUUGCCAUGAUGCUGGGACUUGUUUCAGAUGCUAUAUCAGAGAAGGUGGAUUCACUACGAAAAGGCAAGAGUGAGGUCAUUGAGAGCAAUCAUAUUCUUAUUCUUGGAUGGAGUGACAAAUUGGGAUCACUACUGAAACAGUUAGCCAUUGCAAAUAUGAGCAUUGGUGGCGGAGUGGUUGUUGUGCUUGCAGAAAGAGACAAAGAAGAAAUGGAGAUGGACAUAGCAAAGCUAGAAUUUGAUUUCAUGGGAACUUCAGUUAUUUGCAGAAGCGGCAGUCCUCUCAUACUCGCUGACUUAAAGAAGGUUUCUGUCUCAAAGGCACGUGCCAUCAUUGUCUUAGCAUCUGAUGAGAAUGCUGAUCAGAGUGAUGCACGCGCUUUGAGGGUUGUGCUCAGCCUCACAGGUGUAAAAGAAGGGUUGAAGGGUCAUGUUGUUGUGGAGAUGAGUGAUCUUGACAAUGAACCCUUGGUGAAGCUUGUAGGUGGAGAUCUUAUCGAAACAGUUGUGGCGCAUGAUGUCAUUGGACGGUUGAUGAUACAGUGUGCUCUCCAGCCCGGCCUUGCACAGAUAUGGGAAGACAUCCUGGGGUUUGAAAAUGCUGAAUUUUAUAUUAAAAGAUGGCCCCAACUAGAUGGUCUAUGUUUCAGAGACGUGCUUAUUUCAUUCCCAGAUGCAAUUCCUUGUGGAGUUAAGGAUGCUGCAGAUUGUGGAAAAAUAAUCAUAAACCCUGAUGACAGUUAUGUACUAAAAGAAGGUGACGAGAUCCUUGUUAUAGCCGAAGAUGAUGAUACCUAUGCCCCAGCUCCCUUGCCAGAGGUACAUAGAGGCAUUUUCCCCAGGAUGACUGACCCACCAAAAUUUCCCGAGAAAAUAUUAUUCUGUGGUUGGAGGAGAGACAUUGAUGACAUGAUUAUGGUAUUAGAGGCACUCCUGGCUCCGGGGUCAGAACUGUGGAUGUUUAAUGAGGUUAUUGAGAAGGAUAGGGAAAGGAAGUUGACAGAUGGUGGCCUUGAUAUUACACAAUUAGUGAACAUAAAACUUAUUCAUCGCGAGGGAAAUGCUGUGAUCAGACGCCAUUUGGAGAAUCUUCCUUUGGAAACGUUUGAUUCGAUACUGAUUCUUGCAGAUGAAUCUCUCGAAGACUCCAUCGUCCAUUCUGAUUCACGGUCUCUUGCCACCCUCCUUCUCAUCCGAGAUAUUCAGUCAAAACGCCUUCCAUACAAGAACUCAAAAUCUGUCCCUCUACGGCAUUCUGCUUUCUCCCAGAGCUCGUGGAUUCGCGAAAUGCAACAAGCUUCUGACAAGUCAAUCAUAAUAAGCGAGAUAUUGGAUUCCAGGACUAGAAACCUCGUAUCAGUUUCCAGAAUUAGUGACUACGUGCUAUCAAAUGAGCUGGUGAGCAUGGCGCUGGCAAUGGUAGCUGAAGACAAACAAAUAAACCGGGUCCUAGAAGAGCUCUUUGCAGAAGAGGGAAAUGAGUUGUGCAUCAAGCCUGCAGAGUUCUACUUAUAUGACCAGGAAGAACUCUGUUUCUUUGAUAUAAUGGUACGAGGGCGACAGAGACGCGAAAUUGUGAUAGGAUAUCGUCUUGCAGCCACAGAGCGGGCUGUCAUGAACCCCGCCAACAAACUGGAGCCACAUAAAUGGUCUAUUGAUGACGUUUUUGUUGUCAUUUCGUCUGGCGAGUGAUACUAUCAGCUGCAGUACUUUCUUUUGUAUGCUAUCGACCUCUCACAUCUGAUCAAACAUCGCGUUCCCAUCCCGAGGAUACAACCAAACUUCAUACACAGACAUGAAAGCAAUGAUUGAAACUUCAACAGUUGCAAAGACGAUAAGAUCACCAUGUCCUAACAAGGUAGAAGUAGCUUGACUCGAGGUCGAGGUCGAGGUCGAGGAGAACUAGGAAAGAUCUCUAUAUAUUGUCAUAGAGCAACAACAAAGGUACUAUUCCAGCUUUUGACCAACACUGGUGUUUUUUUGCAGUUUAUAACAGUUAUUAUGAUUUUAGAAGAGGCAUCCUAAUCUAAGCCCAAUUGUGCAUUCCUUAUACUGUGCUCUAUGACUAUUCUGUAGACUGUUGUAUCUGCAUUAAUUCUGCCAAAAUGAGAUUUUGGAUGUUUCUGGGUC